UGAGCUUUGGAGCUCAGUACCUAAAGCAAAGUAAAUGUCGUAGCCUCUCUCUACUUCCAACAUACCACAUUCACUCCAAACUACGCAUAGCUCUCGACCGAACGACCCCAUACCCUUCUUUUAGUUUAGAGACGGUCUCCCUUAUAAAUCUUUCAAAAUGUUUAUGGCAAGAUCUGAAUACGACCGGGGUAUCAAUACCUUCUCCCCGGAGGGACGUCUCUUCCAGGUUGAAUACUCGCUCGAGGCAAUCAAGCUCGGCUCGACGGCGAUCGGCGUCGCAACAUCGGAGGGCGUCGUCCUGGGCGUAGAGAAGCGCGUGACGUCGACGCUGCUGGAGACCUCGUCCGUCGAGAAGAUCGUCGAGAUCGACCGCCACAUCGGGUGCGCCAUGUCCGGGCUGCAGGCCGACGCCCGCAGCAUGGUCGAGCACGCCCGCGUCGAGUGCCAGAGCCACAACUUCAACUACAACGAGAACCUGCGCGUCGAGAGCUGCACCCAGGCCAUCUGCGACCUCGCCCUGCGCUUCGGCGAGAGCGCCGAUGGCGAGGAGAGCAUCAUGAGUCGGCCCUUCGGCGUCGCCCUUUUGAUCGCUGGCUACGACGAGGAUGGCCCCCAGCUCUACCACGCCGAACCCAGCGGUACCUUCUAUCGCUACGACGCCAAGGCCAUCGGCUCCGGAAGCGAGGGCGCACAAGCAGAAUUGCAAAAUGAAUACCACAAGUCCCUUACGAUCACAGAUGCGGAGACGCUAGUCUUGAAGACGUUGAAGCAAGUGAUGGAGGAGAAGCUCGACUCCAAGAAUGUCCAGUUGGCGAGCGUAACUAAGGAGCGGGGCUUCAGGAUAUACACGGACGAGGAAAUGGCCCAAGUCGUGGAGAGACUACCUGCUAACUAAGAGGAGGGUCGGAGAAUUACCUAAGGCUGCGGCGAGCUCUGGUACUAGCAGAAUAAUAAUCUAGUACCGAAUAGACAAGGGGUUAAGACAAAAGAUUCUACCCCGUUAAGCUUGAUAGCUCUCGAGGUUUUCUAAGAAAGGUGGACUUUAUAUUAAGUAUCACCAAAUCCUCCGAUGUGCUAUCUUAUACAAACAAGCCGUCUGCCGUCGAUCCCUCCUCUUUGAGUUAUUUCUCCCUUACAUACCUAGGG